GGAAAACACACCGAGUAUUCGACUCCCGAAUCGGCCAGUGCGAUCAGCAAUGUUCAUGGCCACGUGCGGCUCUCUGGUUCUUUUCCUCUUGACGCUUCCCGAAGUUUCUACACAAGUGACGGUGACGAUGCAGCAAAGCGUUUCGACGGUAGUGGGAGCUUGUGCCGAGAUCGAUUGCGCCUUGCGCAUUCCCGACUUUCCCAGCAGACUGCGGGCACAGUGGAUGGCGACCAGCUCUCGAAGUACCCGAAUUGAAGCCGUCUUUGACUAUAAUUUCAGUAGUCGCACUUUUUCCCGUCGCAGGUCGAUCAACCGAGCAGAUUUCAGCGGCAAACCUGAAAAGGGAGACUGCUCUCUGCGAAUAAAUGAUGCCAAGAAGAGAGACGAAGGUUCAUAUAUAUUCACAGUAGAUAUCUACACGACCUUUCCCAGUACGACCCAUCGCACCGGAAGCUCACAAUCCUUUCUCACUGUUUGGGAAAAGCCUCGGAUCUCGGUUGGUGAGGAUCUGAUCGCUGGACAAAGGGCGCGUUUGACCUGCUCCAUUCCCGACAGCUGUUCCAGAGACAAACUGGAAUUAAACUGGAUCGUUUCAGAUCACGUGGUUACGGCACAGGACAGCAAAGCGGAAGGGAAGGUUGUCAAUGAAGGGCCUGGCACUCGGCUGGUGACGUCGGCGCUGACGUUCACUCCCUCACUCGCUCAUCACGGGGAAUCUCUGGGAUGCGCUGUUUUAGCGAAGGGCGUCCAAAAGGCCAAGGAAACUAUUACCAUGGACGUUAAAGAACUCACUCAGAAACCGACCGUCAAUCGGUCAGUGGUCGCGAUGGAAGGCAGCUCCAUCUCACUGUACUGCAGAAGCUGGAGGACAAUUCCCGUCACCUUACGUUGGGUGAGAAAUGGAGAGGAUAUCGGUGCAUCUUCGACCGGAGAAUUGAAGGUGCUUCUCCGUGAUGUCACAUCAGUAGACGAGGGGAAAUAUUGGUGUUUGGCUGUAAACGACGUGGGCGUCUCCAACAGCUCUACCAGUGUUUCCGUUCAGUACAGACCCAAAACUGAACUGGCGUGCACCAGCACUGGGGCCGUGACGAACUGUGUUUGCAAGGUCAGGGCCAAUCCUCCGGCAAACGCUUCAUGGAGCAUCGACGGGGAAGCCCUGGCGGAGCUCAGGUCGGAGGAUGUGGUCGUGGUCUGGGAGACGGACGGGAACGUGAUACAGAGCUCAGUGAAUCUGACCUGUGCGGAUAGAAUGGGAAAUGCAAUUACAUGUUCUGCAGGGAACACCCACGGUUACCGCGCCUCUGAAUACCCGCUCCGUUCCGAGGGAACAGAAUUCCGGACGAUCUACUUGACAGCAGGCGGAGUGGGAACCGGCCUUGUCAUUCUGAUUAUCGUCCUGUGGACAAUUGCAGUGUGCGGGAAGCAACGACGAAAAGCUGCAGUUGUUUCCGAGUUCUCGGUCGUCUACAGUACUGUGACGCCCUCAAUAAAUUUCAUAGGUGUCGCCCAGGAAUCGCGUGGUGUUGGCGACUCGCAGCCGAUUCAAAGUGACGAGAUCGUCUAUGCUGAUAUCAACUUCCAGAAGUGAAAUGUACAGCAGCUGCUUUGGACUGAAGUUUCACACCGGUGAUAAUGUAGCUCAUGGAACAUCAGACGGUAGAGCAAAGGAGCCCCUCGUUCACCGUGAUCCGCCCAAUGACGAAGCUAAUGACGCCUGAUCUCUUCUGUCCUGUCAUUGGUCGGAACCACCGUCUUCAUUUGCAUAUCUAACAGCAUUCCAAGCGUCUGUAUCAUAUUUACUCCACUACAGAGCGUCCAGACACCCACCACUCUCUGUGUAGAAACACCCGACCUGUACAUCUCCUUUUCCGCAUUAAAACCGUUUGCUUUCGCCUUAGACAUUUCCGCCAUGGGGAAAAGAUGCCGGUUUUCAAUCGAUUACAGAUCUCCCCUUAGUCUCCAAAACUGUAGAGGAAACAAAAUAAGUUUGCACAACCUCUCUUUAAAUGCCUUAUCCUCUAAUCCAGGUAGCAUUCUGUCGAACUCGUUCCGCACCCACCCAGCGCUUCCACAACACAUAAUGGGGGAACAAGAAUUCUGCACUGUGCUUCAAUUGCGGCUGAACCAGCGAUUUAUCGAGCUGCACACGGUUUAUUGCCUCUUAUACCUAAAG